AGCUGGACCAAGGAAGACUAUGAAAUCUUUGAUAUCGUCAGCGAGCUAGAGGCUGCAGAGGGCAAAGGCACCACGUUCUACUCUUGGUUGGAGAUUGAACCGUCUGCAUCGAAAAAUGAUAUCGUCAAGGCGUACAGAAAGAAAUCAUUGGAGCUACAUCCCGACAAGAAUGUUGGAGGCAAAGAUAUCGAAGCUCGAUUUGCCAGGCUCGGUCUCAUCAAUGAGAUUCUGAGAUCACCAGAACGAAGAGACAGGUACAACUUCUUCUACAAGAACGGUGUGCCGAAAUGGCGGGGAACAGGCUACUACUAUUCUCGAUACAGACCGACCUUGUCUCAUACGCUCAUCUUCUUGGUCUUUUUGACAUCCCUGUUCCAGUUGUUGGUCUUACGGAUGAAUUACUCCAGGGAUAAGAAGAGAGUCGAUUACUUUUACACCACGGCAUUGGCGCUCAACAAAAAUGGAGCUGGGAAAAGGGAAAAAUUUUACGACCCCAACUCGACAGCUGGACCUGAGGAGCAAGAUGUCCCUGAGGUCGUCGGGCGCAGAGUCAAAGUGCCAAUGGUCCAAGGUCAUGAUAUGGCUGGCGUGCUUGAUCUUGCUGUGGUCAAUGACCAAGUUUACGUCGUAAGUUGA